UCAGUCCACAGCUUCAAAUCAUCCAAUCAGGUGUGAGUGAGAGCUGCUUUUCUACUGAACACACAAGUUGAUUUCCUCACUAUCACUGUGUCUGAACAGGAACGAUGAUCUCACUCUUUGUGGCGCUUUACUCUCUGCUUUGUCUCUGCACAGCUGUAAAAACAUCUGACAUCAAGGAGCUUCACGUGAGAACAGUAAAGAGUGGAGAAGAUGUAACUAUAGCGUGUGAUCUCAGUCUGAUCAGAGACAAAAGUAAAGUAGUCUGGUACAGACAGAGUUUUGGAAAAGUGCCUCAGUUUUUUGCAAAACGUUACGGGACAAAUAACUACACAUUUACUGAUGGAUUUAAUGAUAAUCGCUUCAGUAUUACUGUAAAUGAGCAUCAGUUUGAUCUCAACAUUAAGAACCUGAGAGAAGAUGAUGGAGGAGAAUAUUUCUGUGGAGAAAUGGAGGGAACUACAAUAAAGUUCACAUCUGGAACACGUCUGCAAUUUGAAGAUAAAGAGAUGAAACUCUGUCCUUCACCUGGACCAGGAAACAAGAUCACAGGUUCUGUUACACACCAGGGUUCAAACGAUGGAAUAAAAACACACGAUAAAAAAAUCAGUAGCACAGGUUCUGAUCCACACCAGGGUUCAGACAGCACGACUCCAGAGCGUUGUGAUGGUCAGAUCCAUCUGUUCUUCCUGCUCUCCGUUCUUAGAGUUGGAGUUCUUGCCCUCAUGAUGAUGAUUUUUCCAAUCGUCCUGAUUAUUUUCAAAUUGAGAUCAAAGUAGAAAUUUGAAUGGAAAUGGAAGAAAUAGUGAGAUGAGGAGGAUCAGUGUGUUGAUUGAACUGGAAAUAUUUGCUUCUAUUGGCUGUAUAUUGGAAUGAUUUUGGUUGAACUGUAAUGUGGAGGGAUUUCCAGCUGUGUGUAAAAACUCCUGAGUGGAAACAUCCACACAAAUGCAGUUCAUUCCAUUAAAAUAUGAAGUGAAUGUACAAUGCAGUUUUCCUCUUUAUUUCUCCUCUUUUUCUUCAUCACUUCAAAAAGAACUUCAGAUCCUUCUUGAGUCUGGUUCCUCUCAAGGUUUCAUCCUUCUGCAUCUCAGGGAGUUUUUCC